AUGUACGAUAUCUUUCAAAUACCAGUCCCUGUAAAAACGUUAUUUAACAAACUACCGCUUCAAACUUAUGGCCCUGUUGACAAACAGGACGAUGCCCUUGAACAUGAGUUCAAUGCUAGAAGCUAUGCAUUUGAGGGCACAGAGGCCGUACAGAAAUCCAUCAACAACACGUUCCAAGUAGGCGUGUAUAAAAUGGCUAAAGAUCCUUCUUCCGGCUGUUUUCUAGCCUCGGACCCAUGGUGUUUGUUUACACAACUAUCACUGUGCAAAAAGAACCGGUUAAGGUUACCUGGUGGCAACAAAACUCAAGCAAUUGUGGAUUCAAAACCCGUCUACGCUCACUCAGUGCUCGAGCUGUCGCCAUUGGCGUCCACAGACUGUUUCUUGCCCGUUUUGGUCGAGGGCUAUGCCAAAAGACAUGUUCGCUCCGCAGCAGGCAUAAACGAGAUCCUGAUGUCUCGAUUUAGCGGUGCAGAGGAGCGCAUGUAUGCCCUGCUGCUGGACUCUGUGGUUUACGACUGCUAUAUGUCCAAGGUGCUGUACAGACUGACUACAGGCCAGUUUUUCGAAGUCUACGGUGGGGAAACGACGUCAUCCGCCGCGAAUAUGUUAAUUUCGCAAAAUCACCGCAGCGAUUUGAGCAGAAGAAACGAUUUCUCGCUACGCAAUCGUGAAUUGGCGUCGAAAUGGCGUCUUCCGGGCGUUUCUGGUUCCGAUGGUCCUGGACAGCUACUUAGCGUAAUUGACGAAAACUGUUCGAGAACAUUGCUGCAAUUUCAAGACCUACUGAAAAAAUCCACGACGUUGUUUUUCCUGACAAAUCAAGAUCCCUCGUACCUUGAUCUCAAGCUAGCAAGCUACGUCUACUGUCUCUUGAAUCUGCCACAGCACCAAAACUCCAUUACUGAUUUCCUACGUCAAGAGUGCUCUACACUGGUCGAACACACCCAAAGAGUCAUCGAUCAUUUUUCCUAA